AAAGGAUGCAAGACGCCGAAAAUUUACCACCAAAAUAAAGUAGAAUAUGUCACGAAAAAACUCUCAGAAUAUUCGGUAAAAGCAUUUUCGAGUUAUUAAUUCGUAAAGCUACUGUAGUCAGAAUUGCGAAAAAGGGCUCAGUUCUUAAGGUGAAAAAGGGCUGCGUCCUUAAGGGGUUAAAAAACUCAAACAUUAACCCCUUCCAUAUUAAAAGUUCACAUCGUUCCCAGUUUCCUAUUUUUCAUAUUAAAAGAAUUUAAAACAUGAUAUAAUAAAUAUAACAUGAAAGAUCCAUAUGGACAUAAGGCUGUCCGGGCAUGCUGGGAGUUGUCAUUUUGCAACAUCUGGAGGUCCGCAGUUUGGAGACCACUAUUUCAUAUUCAUGACUAUUAUUACAUUAUGUACAAACACUGAAUGUUUUAAUUAUUACUCCUACGUCAAUGCAUUCCAUUAUUAUUACUGUUAUUAGAAAAUAAGCACAGCUCAGCUCUUGCUCCUAAUAUUAACUGUACACCAGGUAUGUGACAGGUCGCAAUGACAUCUGGGAGUUGUAGUGUACUCCUUCAGUCACCAGGUAAAUCCAAUUCUAGACACCACAACUCCCAUGAUGCUUUUCGAUCUCAUUAUCUGAAUACCCCUCUUGUUGUCCCGCAAUGGCUACUGGGAGAUGUAGUCGCGGCGGGCGCCAUCAUGCUUAGCGGCCUGGAAGCAGUCUAGUAAGAAUUUGGCGUUGCUGAGCGGGGAGCUUGUACGGAAAGUGCGCCGAGGCCUCAAGGCCGUCACACCGCCCUCCCCCUUCAAGGCUGCCGUCAUGUCUUUAGUGGCUUACGCCAGCAGUGAGGAAAGCGACUCGGAGUCGGAGAUGGCGCCGGAGUCUUCCGGGGGACUGCAUACCAGCCUGCCCCCAACACGAAAGGACGUCACUUCUGGACAUGCCGAAGCCUUGGGCUAUAGUUCGGCGUAUGCCCGCCAGUCACCGGGAGAGCAGGAGCAGCACAGUCCAGGAUUUUACCCUCCCCCCGGAGUGUACGGACUCGGCUACCCGCCUGGCUAUGCACCUCCGCCGCCGCCGAAUUUUAGCUCCUCCUCGUAUGGAUCUCCAGGAUAUCCUAGCAGCCCAGGGUAUGGUGGCUACAGCCACAGUAAUCAUGGGGGGCCCUCCUUUUCCACCUUAGGAUAUAGCCAUCAAGGGCCCAAUACCACCAACUUUCCACCUCCUGGUAUGAACCUCCCCCCUCCACAGGGUGGACAUGGUAUGGCCCUCCUCCCACCUCAUAGUGGACCAGGAUUAAACCAUCCACCUCCCCAAGGGGGUCCAAACAUGAAAGUACCACCCCCUCAGGGGGGCUCAAACAUGAACCUUCCACCUCCUCAGAGUGGUCCAGGCAUGAACCACCACCUUCCUCCUCCUCCUCCAGGUGGUCCUGGUUUGAACCUUUCACUUCCCCCUCAAGGUUGUCCCAACAUGAACCUUCCACCCCCUUCUCACACUAGCACUGGGUUGAAUUUGCCUCCACCUCAAGGAGUUUCUGGACUAUGCUUGCCCCCACCCCAGAACUCACAUGGUUUGACACUGCCUCCCCCACAGAGCUGUUCUGGCUUAAACCUAUCUACACCUCAGGGUAGCCUUGGUAUGACCCUCUCUCCUUCUCCACAAUCUGGUAAUGGAAAUCACUUGCCUCACCUGAUGGGUGGCCACACAAUGACCCUUCCACAGCCACAGGGUAGUGGAGGGGUUAACCUGCUGCCACCAACCAACAGUCCAGUGCUAAACAUUCCUCCUCCUCAGCAGAGCUCACUGUCCUCUAUGGCAGCCGAGCCACGAAUUGCUUUACCUCCACCUAAAGUCUCUGGUCAAGGGAUGAAGCUUCCACCACCAGAAAAUGAAAAUACAAAGCCGAAGAAGAGAUUGGAGCCUGUGAAGAUCAGCGUUCCUGAGUUGCGUGCAGCAGACUCAGAUUCUGAUGAAGAGGAACCAAGCAGGAAGAAAAAGGCCAGCCAGAGCACCAAGGAAGCCUUUGGUUUGUCUUCUUUACUCCCUCAACCAAAAAAUGCCCCAGGAGGCGAUUUUAAGCGUCAGCUUCUCCCUUAUGCUUUUACAAAAAAGGUGUCUGAGGCUCCUAGUGAUGCAAAGCUUUCCAAAGGGACUCCAUUGUCUAAACCCAAGAUUACUGCCAUUCCUGAGAUCUCCAACACUCCAUCACCAUCCGCUAUCAAAGCGGCAGCAAAAAAUGCAGCUCUGCAAGUCACUAAGCAAAUCACCCAGGAGGAGGAUGAUGACAGUGAUGAUGAGUUGCAUCAAGGCAAUUUCUUCUCAUUGUCAGAAGGCAAAGAGAUUCCUCCUCUUCCUUCUUCUUCAGAACACUUUACAUACCCGCUUCCUAGCAUAAAUGACGAUGGACCGCCUGGGGUAGAUCCUACUGAGCUGCAGAGUGAUGCAGCAAAUGCACCUUUGGAGUUCAAAACUGCAGCUGGUCAAGUGUCCAGCCAGCAAUGGCCAGUCUCGUCUGGUGAUGACUACAACAACCAAGAGUACAACCAGUAUCCUGAAUCCUCAAACUCAUCAGAAGCCUCUUACUACUCACAGGGAUAUUACGGCAGUGGGUAUUACCAGGAGCAGCCAUCAUCCACACAAGACAGCAUGGGCAGCGACUCCUUUAUGGACGAUGAAGCUUUUAAGCGGCUCCAGGGGAAGAGGAACCGGGGAAGAGAAGAAAUAAAUUUUGUUGAAAUCAAAGGUGAUGACCAGCUUAGCGGUAACCAGCAAUGGCUGACUAAAGCUCUGACAGAAGAGAAAAACAUGAAGUCCUUCAGCAAGAAAAAAGGAGAACAGCCAACAGGACAGCAGAGGCGGAAGCAUCAGAUCACCUACCUAAUCCACCAGGCAAAGGAGAGGGAACUGGAACUGAAAAACACUUGGUCUGACAAUAAGAUGAGCCGACGGCAGACCCAAGCAAAAUAUGGGUUUUAAUGCCCUCAGCUGGGAGUGGUCUGGUUCAAUCUCUCUACUUGCCAGAAAUAAGAAACCAUUUAUUGCCAAGGAGACGGACAUACAUCCAGGCACCCCUCAACAUUGUAUUUCAUCUGAAUGUUAUUACCUCCAGUUAUGCCAGAUUGUUAUUUUUAUAGAUUAUAGCUGGCACUGAAAUGGUCUACUUGUAUAGUGUGUGAAUAACAGGACACAGUCUGUCAAUGUAAAAGACCUUUCCAAAUGUUCUUAAGCUUUUUUGUGGCCUGUUACUUAGUUGGUCUUAAUCCUUUCCUUCAAUUUCUAAUCCUGGACUUUUUGUCUAUUUUGCACAUGGGAGGCAGCCAGUUUGUGGGACCCUUACGAACGUGUUCAAGCCCUCUUUAGGGUUUGCAUGAAUAAUCUUUGACAGAUCUUGGUUUGACUGUUAAAGGGGUUAUCCAGGAAAAAACUUUAUAUAUAAUCAACUGUCUCCAGAAAGUUAAACAGAUUUGUAAAUUACUUCUAUUAAAAAAUCUUAAUCCUUUCAGUACUUAUGAGCUGCUGAAGUUGAGUUGUUCUUUUCUGUCUAAGUGCUCUCUGAUGGCACGUGUCUCGGGAGCUGUCCAGAGUAGAAGCAAAUUCCCAUAGCAAACCUAUUCUGCUCUGUGCAGUUCCUGAGACAAGCAGAGAUGUCAGCAGAGAGCACUGUUUCCAGACAGAUAAGAACAACUCAACUUAAGUAGCUGAUAAUUAUUGGAUGGAUUAGGAAUUUUUAAUAUAAGGAAUUUACAAAUCUGUAAAAAAAAAAAAAACUUUCUGGAGCCAGUUGAUCUAAAAAACAUUUUUUUUUUCCUGGAAUACCCCUUUAAUGAAUAAGGGAGGGGUUGUAAAGUGUGGAUCCACUUUAUUUCAUGAAGUAGACAUAUUUGAGUGUUAUCAGGCUGUGUUCACAUGGUUUGUUAUCUGUAUUUCAAUUUUCUGAAGUUGCCAUAAAAAUGCUUUGGUUUUACCAUAAUUUGCAACAUUACAGGAAAACUGCAGUGUUUUUGCCAUAAUUUGGUACAAUUGAAGCAAAACUUCAACAUGUGAACACAGCAUCAAAGUGGACAAUGCUUUUAUAUCCAAUGACCAGAAGGCAAAUGUGAUGCCCUGGUUCAGGCUGAAGCUAGUGUGCGCAAUCUACCAGGCUGACUGUGCAUACACGUAUGUCCACUCUCUUAGCAUUGGCCAUCAGGAUUGAUUGCUGGAUGAGCAUUUUGAAGAUAUUUAGCUUAUAGACCCCCUCUAUCAUAUUAGGAUAUGAAAGCUACAACUAUGCCCACUGCUGGAGCACAUACUAGUUGAUGUUGGUGGGCAUUUAUUACAAUGGUCAUAUUAGCAUAAGCACAAAUACCCCAUAGUUAUUCGAACUCUCUUCUAAAACCUCUCCUAAACUACAGUAAAAGCUCAGAAGUUAUUCUGUAAUCUUUCUUUCUACUUACUACUCAAUUCUCUUGCUGUAACACCACAAACACAGUAGUGUAAGCAGCUAUUAAAUUGCUGAGCUUAGUUAUCCUCUUUGUGUAUCAGUAUACUUAGUUUGGGGGCUGGCGACAAGGUAAUGCAAGCGAUUAGAAAAGUUAAAAGGAAAAAUUACAGAUUUGGAAUCAGCAUCUUUCGAAAGAUUUACUAAUUACUGUAGUUUCGGGGUGUUUGGGGGAGAGAGAGUCUCUAAGUUAAUACUGAAAUGAAUUUAAAAAAAAAUCUCACUUGCCCAGAACAAAUCUGUGUUUUAAUUUUCCUCAUAUCUAGUCCUCUUGUACAAAAAUAGUAAUACCUCAUCAUCUACUUCAUCCAACACAGGUUAUGGGUAUAAGCAUUUCUUCUUUUCACAACUUUUGAGAAUGAGUUUAGAGAAAUUUUCUUAAAGGAAAUCUGUCACCUGCACUAACCUGUCAGUACAGACAGCUAGUGCAGGUGACACUGAUGACAACGGUACUUACCUUGCCCCGUUCCGUGCAGUCGUUCUCUGGUAUCUUCAGCUCCGGGCCUGGCUUGGAGCAUGGGCGGAGCUUAGUGAUGUCACCGCUGCUAUUCGCUACCAGCAGGACCCAGCAGAGAACAGCAGUGGCAACGUCACUAAGCUCUGCCCAUGCUCCAAGCUGGGCCCGGAGAAGAUUACUGAAGAACGACUGUACGGAAGGGGAAAAGGUAAGUACAGUUGUCAUCAGUGUUACCUGCAUUAUCUGUUGGUACCGACAGGUUAGUGUAGGUGACACUGGUGACAGAUUUCUUUUAGGAGAACUUGCCAUCUUCUCCUUUUUGCUGCUCCACCUGUGGGCCAUGCUGAGGUGCUGCAAGGUAUGCACCAUCAGUUUACCAUCCAAAUUUAAUUUUAGAAGGGCAAUCUGGUUUUGCAGAUGUUUACUGUGUCCUUUACAAUACUCUUUAAUGUGAAUUAAUAGUCCCUUAUUUUGUGUACCUGCACUAGUGUGUGGAGGAGAUGGAGUUUUAUCAAAGCAGCUCCUUUUGCCCUUUGGAUGUGCUCCAGACAUCAAUUAACCCCCCUCCAUAAUGGACUGAUGCUGCUGACAAGCCAUCCCCGGUGAUACCACAAACUGUUUCUUGGGCAGACAAAAACCAGCUUGAUAAACUCAGCUAUUUUGUGAUGUGAACUUUUGUAAAUAUUCAGAACUGUGUGUGUAAAUAUAUAUAUAUAUAUGUACACAUUUUUUUCUCACCUUAAAACUGGCCCCUGUAGCUUUGGUCUAGCCCAUAGGGUUUAAGGCCUGGAAUUGUUUUAACAUAAAAAAUCUAGUUUGGAUGAAUGCUAUACUAAUAAAGUGUUAAUUUUAAAGGUGCUGAUAUGUAAAAGGGACUCUGAUUUCGAUGAAUACCAUUGCCACAGAGGUAAUAAUUUGAUAACUUUUUAGUGCAGUUCUUUAAAGUAAAGGUAUCAAUAGUCAAGGCUAAGCUAUGUGAUACCUAAGAUCUACCAUGAGAUGGCACUAUCGUUCUAUUUCAAAAUCUCAGAUUUCAUG